AUGACAAACGCACAAGCUCGAAUCAACGCGAAGCAGGAUUCCGAGGACACCGUGAGUCACCGUUCUGGAGCGUCGAAGAUGUCAAUCAAGCGAAAACAGUUGCAGUUGGAGUUACAAAUGCUAGACGAAGAGAGAAAGAUACAAGAACAGCAGGAUGCGAAAAAGCUCGAAUACAUCCAUAAGCGAUACAAUCUACUGAUGGAAAUUGCCAGUGAAACAUCGUCAGUGGCUGACCUCGAAGAAGAAGAAGAAGAAGCUGGCGAAAGGAUAAACAACUGGAUAAACGACGAGAGGAACAUUGACCAAGUAGCUGUAAAACAUCCGGCAGAACCCGCCAUAGCAAACCCGACCAUCUCAAGACAACGCAGUAUCACACAACAUAAUCCAAGAACUAUCAACAAUAUCUAUCAAACUGAACCAUCCAUCCGAUUGAAUCGACCAAUUGUUCCGGAGUUUAGACGGUUAAGGAUUCGCGAAGAGGAUUCAUCAGCUCAUAUGGCAGAAGAUUCUGCCAACAAUUUAACACACAGUCAAGUUGUAGCACGUCAAGCUGUAUCACGAGAACUUCCGGCAUUCAGUGGAACACCCGAGGAGUGGCCUUUGUUUUUGUCUUCUUUCAUGACCACCACCAACAUGUGCGGAUACACACCGGAGGAGAAUCUGGUGCGUCUACAGAAAUGCCUUAAGGGUAAGGCACACGAAGCAGUAAAAUGUUUGCUGAUGCAUCCUUCUAAUGUUUCUCAAAUCAUCUCGACACUAAAAAUGCGAUUCGGCAAUCCAGAGGUCAUCAUACACAAUUUGAUGGCAAAAAUCAGCUCUACUCCCGCACCUAAAAUCGAUAAACUGGAUACAAUUAUCGAGUAUGCGCUAGCUGUGCAAAAUUUGUGCGCGACCAUUGAAGCUUGCCAGUUAGAUGAAUACACAUAUAACGUAGCCCUACUACGUGAAUUGGUAGACAAACUUCCAUCAUCUAUCAAAUUCGAUUGGGCAAGACACAGGCGGAACGUACCGUGCACUAAUCUUUCCACGUUUUCUGUUUGGCUGUAUGAACUCGCAGAGACAAUUUGCCCGCUAGCUGCUCUGCCAAGCGAAACAAAAAGUUACAGAACUUCUAAAAACAACCCGGUUUUCGUAAACACUCAUUCGGAAGAUAUUGACGAAAUACAGUUGUCUCAACCAUCGAUUCCAGUUCCGCACAAACAAUCACACAUUUCCUGUUCGGUGUGCAAGGGAAGUUGCACCAGCGUCGAAAAAUGUAGAAGUUUCGUAGAACUUAGCUACAAUUCAAAAUGGGCUACUCUCAAGGAAUUAGGGCUAUGUAGGAAAUGCCUGAAAAAGCACAAUGGACCAUGCAGGUCUCAGCAAAUAUGCGGAAAAAAUGGGUGUGAGUUCAAACACCAUCGUCUCCUACACAACAGCCAACGGGAUGUUAUAAUGGAACCUAGCACCAGGAACGAAUCUGAUUGUGCACCAAAGGAUGCGAACAUGACAGGAGUGAAUCCAAAUAUAACCGAAAGCGAAUGCAACAUCCAUCAUAAGGCCACUAAUAAGGUGCUAUUUCGCGUUGUUCCUGUGAUAUUAUACGGACCGAAGAAGCGUUUGAAUACGUUCGCUUUCCUUGACGAUGGAUCCUCCCUUUCGUUCAUUGACGCUGCGCUGGCGACCGAGCUCAACAUCGAAGGACUGCACGAGCCUUUGUGUCUCAAAUGGACAGCGAAUAAAUGUCGGAUGGAAAAUGAAUCAAGGAACAUCUCCUUGCAAAUUUCAGGCAUUGAGGAGAAUCAUAAGAUCUGCACCAUUCGAGGAGUUCACACGGUAUCAAGUCUGGAACUUUUCCAUCAAACAGUCAACAUGCAAGAAUUAGAGGAGAAAUAUCAACAUUUACGUGGAAUUCCUAUUGCCUCAUACCAGGAUGUGCAGCCACGCCUUCUUAUAGGCAUAAACAACGCGAAUCUUAGUUAUCCUAUUAAAGGAAGAGAGGGACAGAUGUAUGAGCCUAUUGCAUCGAAAACACGACUAGGAUGGGUGAUUCAUGGAGGAUCAGAGGAAAAUGAUGCGUUUCUCGGAUACCACAGUAUAGAUACAUGCUCCUGUAAUGGAGACUCUUCCUACAAUUUAGGCCAAGCGAUGCGGGAGUACUUCUCAUUGGAGGGACUAGGUAUUUUGAAACCCGAAAAGCCAUUAUUAUCAAAGGAUAACGAGAGAGCGCUGCAGAUUUUGUCAACGAUAACCCAGACAAACACCGGGCAUUACGAAACACCGCUUCUUUGGAAAUAUGAUGAUUUCCGUUUGCCGAACAGUAAACCUGUUGCACUAAAGCGUUAUCACUGCCUAGAAACUAGAAUGCGAAAAGAUCCCGAAUUAGCUGCUGAGGUACGAGCUAAGAUAGACAACUUUCAACGAAUGGGAUAUAUAAGGAAGCUAACUGAAGGUGAAGAAAAUGAUAUGAAAAAGCAACGUGUGUGGUACAUUCCCAUGUUUCCGGUAUUCAACCCAAACAAACCGGGAAAGACACGUAUCGUGUGGGAUUGGGCUGCAAAAACAAAUGGUAUAUCUCUGAACUCUAUGUUGAUGAAGGGGCCCGAUCAAGUCGUCCCUUUGAACGAAGUUUUGUAUAAGUUCCGAGAAAAUAAAGUAGGAAUCAGCGGAGACAUCAGAGAGAUGUUUUUGCAGGUGUUGAUUGCAAAAAAGGACCAAUACUGCCAGCUGAUUUUGUGGAAAGAAAAUCAAACAGAUGAAUUGCCCAGCACCUUCGUCACCCAAGUGAUGACCUUCGGAGCUUGUUGUUCACCUAGCUGUGCGCAAUAUAUAAAGAACAUGAAUGCGGAGAAACAUGCGGCAAAACAUCCUAGAGCAGUAGAAUCUAUUGUAAACAGACAUUAUGUUGAUGAUAUGCUGGAUAGCGUGGAAACAGAGGAAGAAGCCAUACAGCUCGCGAAAGAGGUUCGGUUUAUUCACGCUCAAGCAGGGUUUGAAAUCCGUAAUUGGUUGUCUAACUCGUCAACCGUUCUCCACACGCUUAAUCAAAGGGAAGCAAGCUUGAAGAGUCUGAAUGUCGGUUCAGAAUUGGGCACAGAAAAAGUGCUUGGGAUGUGGUGGUGCACAAAGUCGGACAACUUCACCUACAAGCUAUCAUCUAAACAUGCUGCUGAACUGCUGGCGGGCGAGCGUAAACCCACAAAAAGAGAAUUUCUGCGCACGCUAAUGUCUAUAUUCGAUCCUCUUGGUUUGUUAUCAAACCUGCUCAUCUUCCUCAAAGUUCUCUUCCAAGAAAUUUGGCGUGCUUCCAUCGACUGGGAUGAUGAAAUUCCCGACAAUUUACAAGAUAAGUGGGAAUUAUGGUUACGUAUUCUCCCAAAAGUGGAAGACGUCAGCAUCCCUCGAUGUUACCGUUCAUUGACCGCAAUAGGUCCAAAUACUCUUAUUCAGAUGCACACCUUUGUAGAUGCCAGCGAGCUGGGAUACGCUGCAGUGGUGUAUCUCCGAUUUCAACAAGGGAGUGUUGUUGAAUGCUCUAUAGUCGGAGCGAAAUCACGUGUAGCCCCACUGAAAUUUGUUUCCAUACCAAGAUUGGAGCUGCAGAGUGCUGUCAUCGGUGCAAGGCUGGCCAAUACAAUAUCUAAAGCAUUAUCUUUCCAAAUCCACCAACAUUUCUAUUGGACCGAUGCUCGCGACGUACUGUGCUGGCUGCGAUCAGACCACCGCAGGUAUUCGCCAUUCGUAGGCUGGCGAGUAAGCGAGAUAUUAGAAACCACUGAAAUACGCAAUUGGAAGUGGAUCAGCUCGAGGAAUAACGUUGCUGAUGAAGCGACAAAGUGGUCGCGAAAUCCAAAUCUCAACUGCAGCAGUCGAUGGUUUAGAGGACCUGAGUUUUGUGGCAGUCAAGCGACACUUGGCCUUCGGAGCCAUUAA